AUGCUGGCCAGCAGGAGCCUUUUGAAGAAGCAGCAUGGCUGCGGCCUGAUCCCCGGAAAGGUCCCCACCGGGCGCGCCUUUCGACGCAAGCUGCUUUUGACCACCAUCCGCCGCAUGAGCGAUUCCCCCAAUGAGGCCGCACAAGGAACUUGCUUCGAGGGCCUUCUGCACCUCUUCGAUCGCAAUUCUUCAAAGGAAGGGUGCGACCUCGACUUCAGCUGCUCUUUGGACGGCCCCAAGAUCUCCACGACUCACUCGGACUCAGACAGUGAUACCUUGAGCACGACGACCAGAGGCGCGCCAUGCUGCAAGAGAGCCGCGCGUGGUUCGGUGGUUUGGCGACCAACUGUCAAUGGCCCGUGGCGUGCCAUGGCCGCGGUGGAUGCGCUGGCAGGCCGAAACUCGGUCGAAAACCAUGCGUCCUUCCCAAGCCGGUAUGCCAGGCCUGCGGAGGCAGCCGAAAAGGAGGUCCCGGAGGUUGAGGCCCCGGAGGCCCCGGAGCCAGAGCCGCCGGCGCCGGCGCCCGAGGAGCCUCCGCCGGCGGAGCCGGAGGAGCCGAAGCCGGGGUUCCUGGGCCGCUUCUUCGGCAAGGAGCUGGCC